AUGUGUUCUUCAAGCCCUCUUCCCCAGCAAUCUAGCCCUGGCGGCCGUAGACCCUGGGCUCAGCUGGUUAUUGCCGGAGUCGGUAUACCAUUCGCUAUCGCUUCCAUCACUAUCACUACUAUUACAGGUCUGGAGGCUUGGAUCCAGAUCAUCAUGCUAUUCGUCUCGGUUGCUUUGUCCAUCAGUCUCCUUUACACCAGCCGCGGGACAUCAAAGGAUGCAUAUUCACCCGUGGGAAUGGUCCUUGACGCUAUAAUGACUAUUUUGUGCCUCAUCACAUACAUCGCAGGUAUGAUUGGUAUGGCAAAGGUCAAGGCGCGGGAUAUUUCAUGGGAUUUCGCAGUCAUUGGUACAAUUCCGCAAGUCUGCGCCAACUUGUCGUGUCUUCUGCUUGCGGCCCUGCACGCCAAAUCAUUCCUGGUUGCCUUUUACCACCGUUUUAUCCAGCACAGGAUCCGCUGGAACCCAUUGGUGACUCACGUCGUCUGCCCAUCAUGCAGCCGCACCGCAAACCCCGUUAGCAACUUGGACUGGUCUGCAGAUGCGCAGCAGGUGAAUGUCAACAAUGUCUACAGGGAUGAGGAUGUCGAGGCUCAGAUGCCUAAGCAGGAGACUGGAGUUGUCUCACGAUCUGUUCCUGUCCAGAAUGAUGAAAACUAA